AUGGCAGCCAACGAAGAUACCUUCCUUCACCUCGCCCGCCCUCUCGGUCCCGCUCCAGUCGGCACCCAGCCCUCUACCCACCCUCUCACGGUAAUAAUCCAGCCGCAAGCCCUCCUCUCCGUUCUCGAUCACUCCACACGCCGACCGCCAGAUCAAACCCGGGUAAUUGGCACACUCCUGGGCACUCGCUCCGAUGCCGACGAUUCGACCAUAACAAUUCAUUCCUCCUUCGCUGUAGGGCAUACGGAAACCACCGACCAAGUCGAAGUCGACAUGGAGUACCAGAAGACGAUGCUCGAUUUACACAAGAAAGGAAAUCCGAAGGAGGUAUUGGUGGGCUGGUAUGCGACGAGUAGCGAGCUGAAUACGUUCAGCGCGUUAAUUCAGAACUUCUACGGAGGACAGGGAGACGGGACUUGGCCGUAUCCGGCGGUGCAUAUGACGGUCUCGACCGAGGCCGGGAAGGGUGUUGAGGUUAGGACAUACAUCAGCGCGCCUGUGGGAGUGACUCCUGAGAGAGCGGCGGAUUCAGCAGCCUUUAUUCCGGUGCCGUAUGAGAUUCGGUAUGGGGAGGCGGAUAGAAGUGGGCUGGAGAUGCUGGCUGCGGCGAAAGACAGAGAAGAUAGGACUGUGGCAACUAUCACAGAUAUUGAGAGUUUGGAGCACGCCCUAGAAGAUAUCCUGGGCAUGCUGGACCGAGUGGGCAAGUACGUUGAGGGCGUGAUAGAGGAAGAAGAUGACACGCUGCCAAACACUUCGCUGGGUCAAUACCUGCUUAACGCUCUGGCGUUGGCUCCCAAGGUGGAUCCAGCAGAUAUUGAAAAGGAUUUCAACAACCACAUUCAAGACGUCCUCGCAGUCUCCUACCUUGCCAACACAAUCCGCACCCAGAUGGACCUCUCCAAUCGAUUAGCAACGGCACAGCUGACAAUGGGCGGACCAGAAAGCACGAGUCUCGCGACAAAAGAAGAGGGCGGACAGCAGAGCCAGCGCGGCGGUGGGCAAAGAGGCGGAAGAGGCAGAGGGGGUCAGCAGAGAGAACAGAGGGAUCAGAGAGAGCCUGUCUCCGCCAUAUGA